CACACGCGGAAGCGGCGAGCGGCGCGGGGGCAGCGGCGGCGGCGCCGGGAUCAGGAGGAGCCGCAGCGAUGUCGGAACGGAAAGUGCUGAACAAAUAUUACCCCCCGGACUUUGAUCCGGCGAAGAUCCCGAAGCUCAAGCUCCCGAAGGACCGGCAGUACGUGGUGAGGCUCAUGGCCCCCUUCAACAUGAGGUGCAAGACGUGCGGCGAGUACAUCUACAAGGGCAAGAAGUUCAACGCGCGCAAGGAGACGGUGCAGAACGAGUCCUACCUGGGGCUGCCCAUCUUCCGCUUCUACAUCAAGUGCACGCGCUGCCUGGCUGAGAUCACCUUCAAGACAGAUCCCGAGAACACGGAUUACACCAUGGAGCACGGCGCCACGAGGAACUUCCAGGCAGAGAAGCUGCUGGAGGAGGAGGAGAAGAGGCUGCAGAAGGAGAGGGAAGAGGAAGAGCUCAACAAUCCCAUGAAGGUCCUGGAGAACCGAACCAAGGACUCCAAGCUGGAGAUGGAGGUCCUGGAGAACCUGCAGGAGCUGAAGGAGCUCAACCAGCGCCAGGCCAACGUGGACUUUGAGGCCAUGCUGAAGCAGUACAAGGAGCUGGAGGAGGAGCAGAGGCGCAAGGAGCAGGAGGAGGACGAGCAGGAGAUGAAGGCCAUGCUGGAGCAGGCCCAGAACCGCCGGCUCCUGCUGGAUUCCGACUCCGACGAGGAACCGGCGAAACCCCGAGCGGAGCCCACGGCCCGAAGCAAACCCACGGACAUCCUGCAGGAGGACCCCCAGCCCCAGAGCAAGAAGCCGAGGACGGAGAGCUGGGAGCGCGGCGUGGGCAAGCUCAGCACCAAGGCGCAGCUGGCCGGGCUGGUGGCCCGCAGGAAGCAGAAGCCGGAUCCUGCCCUGGAUAACGGGAUGGGAACGGGAGGCGGCGCCGCCGGCCCCGGCUCGCUUCCAGCAGCAGCAGCAGCAGCAGCCACGUCCUCGCUGGGUUUGUUGGGAGCCUACGAGGACAGCGAGGACAGCGCCAGCGACUGAGGCGCCGGCGGGGCAGGGACGGAGCAGGGACGGGGCUGUUCCCACUCCCUGCUGCUCCUGCAGCCCCACAGCGAGCUGGAAGCACAGCCAGGGCCCCCAGGGAUCCAGGCCACCGCCGUCCCCACGUCCAGCAGCAGCAGCAGCGGCUCGGGGAAGGUGUUGGACCUGCAGCAGGGUCUGGAGUGUCCCAGCCCUGCUCCCAGGAUGUGUUGGGAAGUUCCAGGGCUGGACAGGGCCCUGCUGUGGCCGUUCUGGGGGUGCCACUGCCCUCAGCCCCACGGUGAUCGUGCCCAGCUCGGGUUCGGGGUGCCCUGACACCCCCCCAAGCAGGAUGGGGACCUUGGGGCCGGGGUGCAGGGGGAGGUGGGCGCUCAGUCCCCCCCCCGGCUCCUUCACUUCAGCACCAGCUCUUUGUGUCCCGGGGUGUCUCAGACCCCACCCGUGCACACCCCCAGCCCCUCACUGCGGGCACGGGGCUGUCCUGCCACCAGCAGCCCCCCGAGAUGUCCCCAGGAGCUCGGGGACAAACCCCUCCCCUCCAUUCCCAGCCCGCCGGGCUCCGGCAGCCACAACUGCGGAAUAAAUGGGAUCUGGCA